AUGUCUCAGCCAGCCGAAUCGUCAGACUCGAAAUCCGGGAAGAAAGACUUCUCGACCGCUAUUCUCAAGCGGAAGAAAUCACCAAACCGGUUGAUGGUGGAUGAAGCCAUUACCGAUGAGAACUCAGUGGUUUCCAUGCACCCUCAAACCAUGGAAAGAAAUCAACUUUUUCACGGGGAUACUAUCCUCAUCAAGGGGAAGAAGCGUAGGGACACGGUUUGCAUUGUUCUUGCAGACGAGCAAUGUGAAGAGUCCAAGUUGAGGAUUAACAAAGUUGUGAGGUCGAAUUUGAGGGUUCGGCUCGGGGAUGUUGUGUCUGUACAUUCGUGCCCUGAUGUUAUGUAUGGGAAGCGUGUCCACAUUCUUCCCAUUGAUGAUACCAUUGAAGGUGUCACUGGCAAUCUCUUUGAUGCUUAUUUGAGACCUUAUUUCUUGGAGGCUUAUCGUCCUGUCAGAAAGGGAGAUCUAUUUCUGGUCCGAGGAGGGAUGAGAAGUGUAGAGUUUAAGGUCAUUGAAACUGAUCCUGGGGAGUAUUGUGUGGUUGCUCCAGACACUGAAAUAUUCUGUGAGGGAGAACCUGUGAAAAGAGAGGAUGAAGAAAGGUUGGAUGAGGUUGGGUAUGAUGAUGUGGGUGGUGUCAGGAAGCAAAUGGCACAGAUUCGUGAGUUGGUAGAGCUUCCACUUAGACAUCCACAACUUUUUAAAUCAAUUGGUGUGAAACCACCCAAAGGAAUCCUGCUGUAUGGGCCUCCAGGAUCGGGUAAGACCUUGAUAGCAAGAGCUGUUGCUAAUGAAACUGGAGCAUUCUUCUUUUGUAUUAAUGGACCAGAGAUAAUGUCCAAACUGGCUGGAGAGAGUGAAAGCAACCUUAGGAAAGCAUUUGAAGAAGCUGAAAAGAAUGCCCCUUCCAUCAUCUUUAUUGAUGAGAUUGAUUCUAUUGCACCCAAGCGAGAGAAAACACACGGUGAAGUUGAAAGGAGGAUUGUUUCUCAACUUUUGACUCUUAUGGAUGGAUUGAAAUCUCGUGCUCAUGUUAUUGUUAUUGGAGCUACAAAUCGACCAAAUAGCAUUGACGCUGCAUUGAGAAGGUUUGGUAGAUUUGAUAGGGAAAUUGAUAUUGGUGUUCCUGAUGAAGUUGGGAGACUUGAAGUCCUUCGCAUACAUACCAAAAACAUGAAGCUUUCAGACGAUGUUGAUUUGGAGAGAAUUGCAAAAGAUACUCAUGGAUAUGUUGGUGCUGACCUUGCUGCUCUUUGCACUGAAGCUGCUCUGCAAUGCAUCCGGGAGAAGAUGGAUGUCAUUGAUUUGGAAGAUGAGAGUAUUGAUGCUGAAAUACUGAAUUCUAUGGCAGUUUCAAAUGAGCAUUUCCAUACUGCUCUAGGAACUAGCAAUCCAUCUGCUUUACGAGAAACUGUUGUUGAAGUGCCUAAUGUGAGCUGGGCAGAUAUUGGAGGUCUUGAGAAUGUCAAGCGUGAGCUGCAAGAGACUGUUCAAUAUCCUGUGGAGCACCCUGAAAAAUUUGAGAAGUUUGGUAUGUCACCAUCAAAAGGAGUUCUGUUCUAUGGUCCUCCAGGAUGUGGGAAAACUUUGUUGGCCAAAGCAAUUGCUAAUGAAUGUCAAGCUAACUUCAUCAGUGUCAAAGGUCCAGAAUUGCUGACUAUGUGGUUUGGUGAAAGUGAGGCCAAUGUUCGAGAAAUUUUUGACAAGGCCAGGCAAUCAGCUCCAUGUGUCCUCUUUUUUGACGAGCUUGAUUCCAUUGCUACCCAGAGAGGAAGUAGUGUUGGCGAUGCUGGUGGAGCUGCUGAUAGAGUUCUGAAUCAACUUCUGACUGAAAUGGAUGGCAUGUCUGCCAAAAAGACCGUGUUCAUAAUUGGGGCAACCAACAGACCUGACAUUAUUGACCCAGCACUUCUUCGGCCUGGUCGUCUUGAUCAACUGAUCUAUAUUCCUCUCCCUGAUGAGGAAUCGCGUUAUCAAAUCUUCAAGGCAUGCAUGAGGAAGUCACCUGUAUCAAAAGAUGCUGAUCUGGGAGCACUAGCUAAAUAUACUCAAGGCUUUAGUGGUGCUGAUAUAACAGAGAUAUGCCAGCGGGCAUGCAAAUAUGCUAUUAGAGAAAACAUAGAAAAGGACAUAGAGCGUGAGAAGAAGAGAAGAGAAAACCCUGAGGCCAUGGAUGAAGACGAUGAGGAGGAUGUUGCAGAGAUAAAGGCUGCUCAUUUUGAAGAGUCAAUGAAGUUUGCGCGUAGGAGUGUUAGUGAUGCUGAUAUACGCAAAUACCAGGCAUUUGCUCAGACCUUGCAACAAUCCCGUGGCUUUGGAAGUGAGUUUAGGUUUCCAGAGACUGGUAGUAGGACCGUUGGAUCUGACCCUUUUGCAUCUUCUGCCGCUGGGGCUGAAGAAGAUGAUCUGUAUAGUUAG